AUGGAAGGUUGUCAAAUGAUCCCCAGAGGAUCCUGCUUCUGGAGUUACCCAACCGUUGCAGGAGCCAAAACAGCUUCCUCGGCGACCCCUCUCUGUCCUCGCACCCUUGUCUCUGGAAGCCCUUGCGUAGCCCUACUGUGUACCAGGGAAGUUUCUCUUCCAGCUCCUCCACGGGCCCCCAGGACCCCCACCUUGCAGCGAUCUCCGUUUAUCCUUUAUCUUUGCCCCCAAGGGAAACAACUCCGACCCUCCCAACACUCAGACUGUUUUAACCUGUUUUUAAAAGCCGGUUUCCAGAAAGGCUCCAGGUGCAGCCUCGCCGGCCUUUGUGCGCCUGGCCUGCCGCCGCAGGGGUCGGGGGCGGUGCCGCCGUGACUCCGCCCCGCGCCCGGCCCGGUUCUCCGGCUUUGGAGCCCCGCGCAGCCCAGACCCGCGGGCAGGCCAGUCCCAGGCCGCGUGCUCUGCAGUCCGCGGCCGCCGCGCUCCGAGCCCGCGCUGCUGCGCGCCCAGGCUGCAGAGCUCCCCCAGGGCCCUCGUCCCCGUUCCGGGGCCGGCGCAGGGCGGGCCCCGAGCUCUCUAUGCCGCCAGCCCCGGGGCUGCGGAGCCGGCCGGGUGGCUCCUGCGAUGGCGGCGGAAGGGGAGGCUGCGGCGAGAGAUAGAAUGCUGAUAGAAAAGAACGAGUGCAUUGCUCCCGUGGUUUCCAGUUAUGUGAGCCCAUGGACAAAACCAACAGCUAUCGGAUCCCUCAGCCCACAUGUGACAGAGCUCCCAAGAAAACGAAAAGGAAGUGAUUCAGACCCAUCCCAAAUCAUAAGCACCAUUGUUCUUUCUUAGGAUCCAAAUAAGAUUGUGGCUGUUGAAGUAGAGCAGUGAGCACUAGAGGAAUCAUGACAAAAAAAAAGAGGUGGAAAAGCUUUCUCAGUACCCUUUUACCUAUCUUCUUUCAACAAAGAAAUAAAUAUCAGCAACCAGUGGCAGCAGAAAGGAAGAUGGUGAACAACACGUACAAAUGAAGUCCUUCAGAGAAGCUCAUAGUCAAACUGAAAAGCGGAGGAGAGAUAAAAUGAAUAACCUGAUUGAAGAACUGUCUGCAAUGAUCCCUCAGUGCAAUCCCGUGGCACGUAGACUGGACAAACUUACGGUUUUAAGAAUGGCUGUCCAACACGUGAGAUCUUUAAAAGGUAUGACUAAUUCUUAUGCAGGAGAUAAUUAUAGACCUUCAUUUAUUCAGGAUAAUGAGCUCAGACACUUAAUCCUUAAGACUGCAGAAGGCUUCCUAUUUGUGGUUGGAUGUGAAAGAGGAAAAAUUCUCUUCGUUUCAAAAUCAGUCUCCAAAACACUUAAUUAUGAUCAGGCUAGCUUGACUGGACAAAGCUUAUUUGACUUCUUACAUCCAAAAGAUGUUGCCAAAGUAAAGGAGCAACUUUCUUCUGAUAUUUCACCAAGGGAGAAGCUGAUCGAUGCCAAAACUGAUUUGCAAGUUCGUAGUAAUUUCCACAGUGGAAGGAGUCACGUGUAUUCUGGCUUGAGACGAUCCUUUUUUUGUCGGAUAAGGCGUUGUAAAAUCUCUGUCAAAGAAGAGCAUGAAUGCUUAUCCACCUCAAAGAAAAAAGAUCAUAGAAAAUUCUGUACUAUCCAUUGCACUGGUUACUUGAGAAGCUGGCCUCCAAAUAUUGUUGGAAUGGAAGAAGAAAAGGACAGUAAGAAAGACAGUAGUAAUUUUACCUGCCUUGUUGCCAUUGGAAGGUUACAUCCAUAUAUUGUACCACAGAACAGUGGAGAGAUUAAAGUGAAACCAACUGAAUUUAUAACCCGGUUUGCAAUGAAUGGGAAGUUUGUCUAUGUGGACCAAAGGGCAACAGCAAUUUUAGGAUACCUGCCUCAGGAACUUUUGGGAACUUCUUGUUAUGAAUAUUUUCAUCAGGAUGACCAUAGUAAUUUGACUGACAAGCACAAAGCAGUUCUACAGAGUAAAGAGAAAAUCUUUACAGAUUCAUACAAGUUCAGAAAGAAAGAUGGCUCUUUUGUAACUUUAAAAAGCCAGUGGUUUAGUUUCACAAAUCCUUGGACCAAAGAACUGGAAUAUAUUGUGUCUGUCAACAAUUUAGUUUUGGGACAUAGUGAGGUUAGAGAAGCAUCGUUACUUCCUUGCAGCUCUCAAUUAUCAGAAGAAUCCUCAAAACCAUCUUAUAUUAAUGUACCUGGAAUGUCUACUGGAAUAGUACUUGGCCCUGGUAGUAUUGGAACAGAUCUUGUAAAUGAAGUCCUGGACUUACAAAGGUUACAGGCUUCUUCCUCCCUUGAGGACUCAAGGCCAGCAGAUUUAAUGAAAGAUUCUCACACUAUAAACUGCAGGAAAGUAAGUACGAUGUCAAAUAAGGAGCCGAUUCCACGAAAUCCUUCUGAAACAGGGGAGCCAGAGGCUCCAAGGCAAAACCACAGUGCUGUUCCUUCCCAUAGUCACGAGCCACUCCUUGGCCAAGGUGCCCAGCUGGAUUUUGAUGCCCUGUGUGACAAUGACGACACAGCCAUGGCUGCCUUCAUGAAUUACUUUGAAGCAGAAGGGGGCCUGGGAGACCCUGGGGACAUCAGUGAUAUCCACUGGACACUCUAGCAUUUGAUUUUCUAACUCUAAAAAUUAGGAAUGUGAUAAAGCAUUUCAUUUACAAAAAAAAAAAAACUGUACAAUCUUCUGCUCUGUAUUGAUACUGUUCUUAUCUUUUAUUCCUAUUAAUGGUCUACCAAUUUUUAUAGAUUUGCACCUUUCACAGCAGUAUGGGGGAAAUGUGAGGUUUCCCUUCACAAAGAAUGGCUCAGCGUUUCCUACAGACCCCUUGGCUCAGUGAAAUGGCUUAAAACCCACUAGUUGCUGUAUUUUUGCUAAAAUAUUUCUAACCAAGAAUAUCACAUACACCUUGUUUUGGUUUUGUUUUUAUUUUCUGAUGCAAUUUUUAAGUUUGGGGAAUUUAAUAUAUUGUGUCUAAGAUUCAUUUAUAAUUGAUUUAUAAUAGCAGAUUUAUGUAAAUUGGAACAUCACCACUUCCUGUGUAUUUCCUUAGUUGAGAAUAGGGCUUAAAUAUUUUAAGAAAACCGAGUACUUGAACAUGUAAGAAAUGAUAUAAUCGGUGCUCGUAAUUGUAAUGAAUACAGUAUUCAGUCGUUGUAGACUUGGAUACAGGGUAUUUAUGCUUAGUGAAGCACUUGAGAUAGACUUUAAGUGAGAUGAUUUAUUUAAAACUCAGGAGAAAAAAAAGAAAAGAAAAGCUGGGAGAGUUUCAGCUUUGCUUACAGAAGACCUUAGUCCUAGUUCUUGGUAAUUAACCUUUGCAUGUAAGAAUUACUGUUAACAUAACCAAUCAAGAUUUUCAUUAUAUCUAAAACCAGUUUUUGAUGCAGUAAAGGUGCUUAGUGAAGGAUUAGCCAUGGAGGAAAAAAACAAGCCCAGGCAGGAUAAAUGUCUUGUGUAAAGUCACAAUUAAAUUCGUAUUUUUGAAAUGUU